UACUGUAUGGGAUGUAAGGAGCAGCGCAUGACGAAAACAAUUUCUACACCCGUCUUCACCGACCUAACAUGAACGAUUCAUGUGUGAGGCAGUUUGGGCCAACAACAAACGCGACCAGACUUCCGAAGAAGCGAAGGUCAUCGACGAGGAAUGGAGUCCAAGAGAAAGCCAAUGCAGCGAGAAUUUUGGCUUGAAUUCAUCACAAGAUUAUUGAGAGAGAAUAAGAGAAGAGGGCGUUUGUCGAGUUUUCCUCCACGCACUGCAGAAAUUCCAUGCGGCAUAUCUGUGCGACCCUCGAGCUCCCACACCAGGCACGGAGCAGUUACUGAAGAAAUAGCCAAGAUGGAAAGGCAUACUCCUGAUUGCCCUUACCUGGGCUGUCUUUUUUGCGUGAUGAAAGAGACCAAUCAAUCCAAGUGGCGAGCAAAUGUUGCUAAUUUUUUCAAGGAGUUCUCUACGCGGAACGAAGAUUGUCAGGUUCUCGCUGUCAGUAGCCUUUGGAAUACUGCUAAGGCGCAUCCGAAUGAUCCAGAGUUCAUCGAACUUGGAAUUUUUGAGUGUAUGGCCCAGCUCAUCUGGAAGGGAAUCAAAAACCGAAAUUGGUUAGCACAGGACCAUAAUAUUUUCAUUCCUUACUAUGCUGCGCACAUUAUUGGUUCUUACAGCAUGAACACGGAAGAAUUUGCACUGCGAGCUGUCCGGGCAGGUGUGAUCCCUGCUCUGGUGGAGCUUUUAAGGUGCCGACUGACUUGGGUUGAGCUGCGAGUAGCAGUCCGGGCGCUUCACCACUUAGCUACCUACGAGAGCACUUUUCCAGCUGUCGCUGCGCAUAGAGACGUCUUGGAGCUUUCUAUUCAGCUGGCACUUAAUGCUCUUGAGAUUGUCUACACGCACUUUUUGCAGUUUGUUGACAAGCGCAUGAGCUACCAUUGUGACCUUCUUACACGAGGAAUGGAUGGACUGGAAAUGGAAUCUCGGAAGGCAGAGGAAUGGGCUAGUCAGUUACAAUGUUGGUCACUACAACUCAUCACCUGUUUUGCCUUGAGGGAAGAGUUUCUUCCAACGAUUUGCCAGGUGAAUUUUUUGGGCCAGCUCCCACAUAUGUGGGGAGGACUCGUAAAUGAGAAUUCGGCUGCAGGUGUUGGGGUUUUGCACACAAUCUGUUAUCACAAAUUGGGGAGACUUCGCGUAGCCGAAUGCCCUGGCAUAAUUGAGGCCCUUUGUAACAUUGCAAGGUCGUCGGACGACUGGCAAUACAUGGCAGUAGAUUGUUUGGUGUGCUUGGUCCAGGAUCCGAAUACCCGGCUUCAGGUGUUAGACAAGGCCGCAGUUGCUCUAGUAGACCUAGCUGAGUCACCUAACCUUGGAGAGCACAAAAGUUUGGGGGAGGUCUUAACCAACGUAUUGCUGGAAGACUACGUUCCUUAUCCUUCACCGGCGGUAAUACCGCAUAUUUCUACCAGGACAAGGCAUUUGCUGGAUGACUUUGCAGCCCAACGGGAGAAGAUCAAGUGGGAAAAAACCGCCCCUAAGGAGGAUUUGCAUUUGAAACAAGCUGCAGCGCUUGUUGUAAAGUUAGAAGGCUUUUCAAAAUUUUCAGCUGGAGACAUUAGUGGUGCUGCUGCCAAGUACAGCGAGGCGCUGUCACUGUGUCCCGUGAGAGCCAAGAAGGAGAGGGUUGUGCUGCAUAGUAAGCGGGCUCAAUGUCACUUGCUGCUUCACGAUGCCGAAGGAGCUAUUAGUGAUACUACUCGAGCUUUAUCCAUUCAUAAUCCAGCGAACCGCCACAGAAAAAGUUUGUGGAGAAGAGCCCAGGCUUACGAACUCCUCUCUCUUCACAAGGAAAGCCUGCUAGAUGCGAUCAUGUUCGUCAAUGAAUGCUCGCAACAAUCUGCGAGUGAGUCGGAUUCGAAGUCGGGUAGUAAAAUUCCCGAUUAUGUGGAGCGUCUUGUGAAGAAGCAAAUGCAAGCAUCCUGGCUGUUCAAAGACGCUGCUGUCAAGCAUGGGAACAUUCAAUUUGACGUGAAUGACAGUGUCGAUUCUGAGGAGUUCGAGGCUGAAGAGGCAGAUGAUGAUGAUGAUGUUGAUGAUGGGGAAUCUGAGUGGGAGACUGCAAGCGAGAGUGAAGAAGCUGCAGUUGAUGGGAAAGACAAUCCUAGCAAGCAGGAGACAAAUCGGGAUUUGAAGCGGCCUAUUGCACGGAAUCGUCCUGUGUUCAAGGGAAUCACGUUACAAGAUCUCCUUGGUCAGUGAAAUGAAAAACGCAUUCCACUAAUGCAACCUUACUUUUUUAUUUUUUUUAUGCAUUCUCCUCGGCAAGACGGUACAUAUAGGUAUGUAUAAUUAGCAUGGUUUGGGGCUCCCUUGUACCAUUUAGAGAAGGUGGUACACAAUAACGGAAACAGUCAACAUGUGAGCCCCUGACACUGCUCUACGCAUGCAUCCUCGAGUGCCAGUUUUUGCUCAUUUAUCACCACCGAGUGUGAACCUGGACUAGCAAAAGAGCAGUGCAUUCGGAGGGCUUAUCAUGUUUUGCCCACUUAUCCUAUCACACCGUCCCUUCUUAGAUACAAGUCUCGUAAGAAGAUUGUAAGUGUUUGUAAGAUCUCAGGUGGCUGCGGUCAUGGUUUUGUCUAAAGAGGAAGCACAGAAUGUAUCAGAGAAGACUUGGCAAGCACCGCAAGUUGGGUGCACCGCAAGUUAGGUAAAAGAAUCUUUGCCUUACGGUGGAGUUUGAAGUGAAUUUCGACUCUCUUCCUUGCAAA